AUGGGCCGCUACUCCGGCAAGACGUGUCGGCUCAUCUUCAUGCUCGUGUUCACCGCGGGCUUCUUCGUGGCUGAGCUGGUGUCGGGCUACCUGGGUAACUCCAUCGCGCUGCUGUCAGACUCCUUCAACAUGCUCUCUGACCUCAUCUCGCUGUGCGUGGGCCUGGGCUCCGGCUACAUCGCCCGGCGCCCGCGCCGCGGCCUCGGCGCCACGUACGGAUACGCGCGCGCCGAGGUGGUGGGCGCGCUGAGCAACGCCGUCUUUCUCACGGCGCUCUGCUUCACCAUCUUCGUGGAGGCCGUGUUGCGUCUGGCCCGGCCCGAGCGCAUCGAUGACCCGGAGCUGGUCCUCAUUGUCGGCGCCCUGGGACUAGCGGUCAACGUGGUGGGGCUGCUCAUCUUCCAGGACUGCGCCUCCUGGUUCGCCUGCUGCGUCCGGGGCCGCCGCCGCCGCCGCCGCUCUGAGCCGCGGCCGCCGCUGCCCGAGGGGGUCGCUCGUGAUGCUUUAGAGGGUCCCGGGGGCGCUGAGCGCCUGCCACACCCGGCGACCCCGACAGCUCCCAGCUUGGACUCGACCCUGACUCUCCGGGGGGCCUCGGUCGACAGGAAGCAGGAGAAGGGCGCGACCGUGUUCUCAAACGUAGCAGGUGAUUCCCUGAACACCCAGAAUGAACCUGAAGAGGUUGAGGAAAAGGAAAAGAAGUCCGAAGCCCUGAAUAUCAGAGGUGUUCUUUUGCAUGUGAUGGGAGAUGCCCUAGGGUCCGUGAUUGUGGUCAUCACGGCCAUCAUUUUCUAUGUCCGUCCUCUAGCCUCCGAUGCCCCAUGUAACUGGCAGUGCUACAUUGACCCCAGCCUAACUGUCAUCAUGGUCAUCAUCAUUUUGUCAUCUGCCUUCCCACUCAUCAAGGAGACCUCUGUUAUUCUGCUGCAGAUGGUUCCCAAAGGAAUCAACAUGGAGGAACUGAUGACUAAACUCUCUGCUGUGCCGGGAAUCGGUAGCGUGCAUGAAUUGCACAUCUGGGAACUUGCAAGUGGAAAGAUCAUUGCCACGCUGCACAUCAAAUAUCAGAAAGACCGUGACUAUCAGGACGCCAGCAGGAAAAUUCGAGAAAUCUUUCACGGUGCCGGCAUCCACAGUGUGACCAUCCAGUUUGAAGCUAUGGAUUUGAAAGAAUCCUUGGAGCAGAAGGACUUGUUGCUGCUCUGCAACUCACCAUGCAUCUCCAAGAGCUGUGCUAAGAAGCUGUGCUGUCCGCCCGGGGCAUUGCCUCUGGCCCACGUCAAUGGCUGUGCUGAGCAGAACGGUGGACACUUUCCAGAGAUAUACAGAAGCAGAAGAGAUGGCGCAGAAGUGGCGGUAGAUAUGGCUUUGGAUGGCUAUCAGAGCAACUAUGGGCACACUCCCAACAUGAUGCGGGAGAACCACAUUUAUGAAAACAGUACACAUUUUUAAUGGGAUAGCCACAUAAUCAGACUCUAUAGACAAAGCACUCUGGGAUCUUACCAGCUUGGCUGUGGAAAGAGCUUUGUGGGUGUGGGCUCUGACCGAACUCGCAAUGUGUGCUCUCCAUGUCCAGUAGGGGUUGGCUGUUUGGGGUAGGAGUUACAAGUAUCUGUUAAUUUUUAUGUGACUGAUAACUAUUUUCUAUUUACUCUGAGUGUCUCAUGCUGCUCUUCACCAGUUUUAAGUUGAAUAUGGCUUUGCUAAACCAAACUGCAUGAGUGUGUCUGUCACGGACAGCAAAGGCUAGAACUCAAUGACUGUGGACACAGGAUUCACAAUAAGUUGUUUUUUUUUUUUUUUUACUUGUCAGAAGAGGUGAAGUACACUGGAAAACAAACAAACAAACAAAUUGAAGUGCCAUGAUAGCUGUAUUUUUUUCCCAUUCCUCUUUAUUAAAGAAUAAAUGUAACAUGAAUACCUGUUUAGGAGAGAAUAUCCUUAGAACAUUAGAGGAGGCAGCACUUAGUGGAGGAGGGGAGAAAAAUGAUAUUGUACCAUCUCUUUGUUUUGUGAGCUGAAAGCUAUGGGAUUACUUUAUUCUGUGAACUGAACUAUGGCUUGUGGUGUUUUUCAGGUUCAGAUGUUUAAGUAUGUGAUACAUCUUUUGCCCUUAGAAAUGUUGGAAUAUUUUUACUUUCUUAAGUAGAACACAAUGCGUACUAUCUUUGACAGUCCCACCUGCUUGGGACCGUUUUAUUGAUGAUGAUGUACUCAUUUGUCCAAAUUUCCUGUGAGUCGUCUUUUAUAUGAUCGCAUAGCGGUAGAUCACAUCUACAAGGGGGAAAUGUGCUCUUGGGAGAGGAGAAUGUAUGAUAUUGACUGCUCAUUUCUCCCAAAACUUUGAGCUAGAUGGACUUUUCUUUAAUUAGGUGUAUUUUUAAAUAAUUAUUACAGUCAGCACAUAUUAGUUUUGAGGCAAAGUUGGUGUCUGAGGAAAAAAAUGCCAGUUUUAACUGCUGCAUUUAAAUAUGGUGUGUGGAGCUUAGAAUUUUCUUUUAUGUUCCUGAUACAAAUAAAUUUAUUCUCAUCUGA